AUGUCAGCACCUGGUGGUGCCCCCAGCCCUGUGCCGCGCAGUGGCAGCAUCGGGCCAAAUGCCUCUAUGUCGGUUCCUCAACAGCAGCCCAUCGCUGCUAAUCCGCCAGUUGUCCAUACACCCGCGACUCCUGGUCCGUCGGGGCCGUCUCCUGCGCCUGUAUCUCAGCAGAAUCUAAAUCAGAUUGUCAUCGACUACUUGGCCAAAAAAGGCUAUACCAGAACUGAGGCUAUGCUUCGUAUGGAGUCUGCCAGUCAAGAUAUCGAUGGCAGAUCUCUACCCCAGCUCAACGAAAAUCAACGACCAAAGUACAGGAAUGGAUUUGACCUAAUUAGAAAUUGGAUCGAAGACAAUCUUGACCUUUACAAGCCUGAACUUCGACGCGUACUGUGGCCUCUCUUCGUGUAUUCGUUUCUGGAUUUGGCUACUGCCUUGUACCCGCGAGAAGCAGUAGAAUUCUUCACUACAAAUCAGAAUCUAUUUCUACCCGAGCACAGCGAAGACAUUCGAUCAUUACAGAAAAUCACCCUCCCAGAGCAUGUUCAGGACAAUGCAACCGCGAAGCUAUACCGUGGAAACAAAUAUCGUAUCAUCCUCAGCAACCCUGCUUUUGCAAACUUAAUGCAGUUUCUCGAAAGCAAGUCCAAAGAAGGAGGAGCUGUCAUGUCCGCAAUUCUCAGCAGUUAUUGCAACAUCGUUACCAAGGAUCGCGCCACCGACGAACGCUUUAGCUUCGCAGCAAUGUUGGGUCGAUCUGAUCAAACAAGCACAUUCCCCGCAGAGGACGAGGGCAUACCCGGUCAUCAUCCUGGGUCUGCAUACACCGGCGAUAACCCAGCUAUGGCAGGUACCUUGCCCAAACUGAGACUUGGGAAACUUCCACCAGAACCGGAGCUGGAAAGCGACGUACGUGCCGAGCUUGAAGAACUCGAUUCCAAAAACCCACCUGCUCCAGGUCGCAACACUCUUGUUCAGGAAUAUGAUCAAAUGAUCAAAAAGGAAGAGGAUGAGGACGCGCCUUCACAUGCGGAGAUUGCGUUUCCUCCAUCGACAGCUCGUGACGUUGCCAUGGAAGUGCAGCGCGUCAAAGAGAAUCGCGACCGGUUUCGUAUCGAGGGUCGCACUGGAGGUGUCGGCGUUGCAUGCUCUGUGUGUCUUUUUACAUUCCACAACACUUACGAUCGAAUGAUUUGCAUUGAUUUUUCUGACGACAACAUGUUGGUCGCUGCGGGUUUCGAGGACUCGUACAUUCGGGUAUGGAGUCUUGAUGGCAAGGCGAUUAAAGCUACCCACGAAGGCAUAGAAGAACGUACAAGCGCUCCUUCCAAUUCGAAACGUCUCUUUGGUCAUUCGGGACCAGUUUAUGCCGUCAAAUUUGCCCCAUCAGCACAACGCUCGGAAGGUGAAUUGGCUCCUACGAAUGCUCGAUGGCUUCUUUCGUCUUCUGCAGACAAGACCAUCCGGCUCUGGUCUCUAGACUUAUGGCAGUGUAUGGUCGUCUACAAGGGACAUGAUCAGCCCGUUUGGGAUCUCAGCUGGGGCCCGUUCGGUUACUAUUUCGUAUCUGGAGGACAUGAUAAGACUGCGCGCCUCUGGGCCACCGAUCGAAUUCGGCAACAACGAAUUUUUGCAGGGCAUGAUCAAGACGUCGAUUGCGUCUGUUUCCAUCCAAACUCCGCAUAUGUAUUUACUGGGAGCUCGGACCGCACUGUUCGCAUGUGGGCGGUGACUACUGGAAAUGCCGUACGUAUGUUUACCGGUCACACUGGCAAUAUCACAGCUCUCGCAUGUAGUCGCAACGGCAAGCUCCUUGCGUCUGCCGAUGAUCACGGUUCUAUCUUCCUAUGGGACCUAGCACCCGGUCGUCUGUUGAAGCGUAUGCGUGGUCAUGGUAAGGGCGGUAUCUGGUCUUUGGACUGGAGUGUGGAAUCCACUGUUUUAGUCUCGUCAGGUGCAGAUAAUACUGUGCGCAUAUGGGAUAUUGCACCACCAGCAUUAGAACUGUCAACCAACACAUCACGGUUGGCUACUGAAGUAGGCGCGGGUGCCAAGGUUGAUGCCAGUGCGACUUCCUCUGCCUCUCAAUCCUCUACUACUGUUGGACCUGGUGGAAGCAAGAAGAAGGGUAAGGAGAACGUGGUGACUCCUGACCAGAUCAGUGCUUUCCCUACGAAGAAGAGUCCGGUCUACAAAGUCAAGUUUACAAAUAUGAACUUGAUCGUAGCUGGAGGUGCUUAUCUUCCUUGAUCUUUGAACAUUCAGAACUCUUAUUACCAUUAUUUUCCAUACAGGGUGUGGCGUUCUAAGGGCUGGGUUUCUCAAAAGGUUUUGCACGGGUUCGCGUGGAAGGAUUUCUUUUCCCUCUAUUCUCAAAGUUGAUCUGAGAUCAUAAGAGAGAUACCAAAAAUGUACUUUCAUGAGUCCAUUAAUUCCCUAGAUAGGAAAUACAGAUGGCUAAUAUCGAAUGAU